GCCGCUCACAGCGCCCGGCCCUGGGCAGCGACCGGAACUCCGGGGAAGGGAGUAAAUGGCAAAGGAACGCUGAGGGAUCGGUAACCGUCCCCGCGGCGAGUCAGAAAGGCCCAACCCUAUUUGCUGGGGGACAGGCGGCGCAGAACCGGGGCGGCAAACAGAGCCAAGGUGGAAGAUCGCGAUCAGAGCGCAGCGGCUCAGCGACCACCGGCGGCGCCCGCAGGCCCCUCCACCAAGACCCUCUGAAGCGAAUUGCGCAGGCUCGACUCGGUGGUUGAAGCCCGGCAGACGCGCGGGCCGGCGUCACCCCGGCGGCAUCCCGCGGGUCGCGGUGACGGCUCCGCGGCCGCCAUGUCGCACACCGGCAGCAGCGGCGGCUCCUCGCCGGACGUGGGCCGCCGCCGCCGCUCGCGCCGGCCGCACGCGCAGGAGGACACGGUGGAGGCGGAGGCGGCGGGCGAGAGGCUCCGGCAGCUCAACAUCGACGAGGGCGACGACAGGGAGCACAACAGGAUGAUCCGCAACCAGUAUCGGGAGCUCAUCUCCGCCGUGCAGCAAAAUCGAGAAUCCAUCCUAAGUUCAAAAAGCAACAGGCUGACAGAAGCUUUGGAAGAAGCCAAUAGAAUUUUUGAUGAAGUUCGCCAGGCACGAGAGGCUGCACUGGAUGCCCAGUUCCUUGUCAUAGCAUCCAAUAUAGGAAAGGAGAAGGCCAAUGAGUUACACUCAGAGAUGUCAGCAUUUGAUUCAACAGCAUUUGCAGAAGACUUGCUGACCUUCAUGGGUAUAAAUCGCACAGAAGUGGAAGAAGAUGAUGACUCUGAGGACGUUCCAGGUGGUUUUUUACCCAGUCAUGCCUGGCAGAAAAUGGGGGAAGAAGCAUCCAAGUACUUAAGGAGAGCACCUACUUUUCACUACAUGAUGGGAUCCUUCAAGUCUGAGCCUCCUGUACGAAAGCAGCGGAUUGAGAGGCAGAAGAAAGCUAGCAGAGGGAAAGCAGAACGGGCAAUGCCUGCUCAGUUAAAAGAAAUGGAGCAGUCUCAUCUAGAAGCUACAGAAAAAGAAGUAGAGAGGAUCUUGAGAAUACUGCAAACUCAUUUUGAAAAUGAUCCUAAUACAUCCAUUUCCUUCUUUGAUUUUGUGGUUGAUCCGAACUCGUUUGCACGGACUGUGGAAAAUAUGUUUCAUGUGUCCUUCCUUGUCAGGGAUGGUCUUGCAGAAAUAAAGCUGGAUGAAGAUGAAUUGCCAAUAAUAGAGCCUGUCAAACCCAGAGAGGGGGAGGAGGAGAGCAGAGCUGCAGCACGGAACCAGGUGGUCAUAAGUCUGGACCAGAGCCAAUGGAAGGAGAUCAUAGAAACAUUUCAGAUUACAGAAGCUAUGAUUCCCCCUCUUUAUCAGACUGAAGAAGAAUUGGAGACAUAGUAACUAUUAAGUGCCUUAAAGAAAACAGUUCAGGAAAUUUCUUCCAACAACUGUUUUAUAUUGUAAAGUUAAAUAUAUUUUUGUUGUAUGUUGUAAAAUUAAAUAUAUUUUUUCCGGAACA